AAUCUUGCGUGUCUGUGUAAUAAUCUGUGAAGCCAGUAGUCCCUUGGAGCGCGCGCGCGGCGGUCGGCCAUUACGUUUCCAGACAGUUUUAUUUUUUUAAACCACAGAUAACAGACAUCAUAUUUUCUUUUUAAUUUCCGAACGGCAAUGGAAGCAGCACUGGUUGUUAUUUAAAAGUCCCCCUCCCCACAACCCUCCUUCGGCAAUAUGGGUGCGGCCUCCGACGGGUGGCGCGCGCGCAUCGCCGCGUGCAGAGAGUCCAGGAAGCUGGUGCUGAUCAUCGUGGCGAUAGCGCUGCUGCUUGACAACAUGCUGCUUACCACCGUCGUUCCCAUAAUCCCGGAGUUCCUGUACGACAUCCGUCACCCGGACGCGCCACUGUCCAUGUCUUUAGACGAGCCCAUCACUACACCGGCGCCGGCGCAGCCCUACUGCCCCUGCAUGAACCUCACACAGACAUCAGAAGAGAAUCAUACGCAUUACAACGCGACAGCUGAGAAGGAAGAACGUCACAAGGAGCUGAUCCACGAGACGGUGGCUGUGGGAGUCAUGUUUGCCAGCAAGGCCAUCGUGCAGCUGCUCGCGAACCCCUUCGUGGGACCGCUGACGCAUAAAAUCGGCUACAGCGUUCCGAUGUUCACCGGAUUUGUGUUGAUGUUCCUCUCGACCCUGAUCUUCGCAUUCGGCCGAUCGUACAGCGUAUUGUUCAUUGCGCGUGCGCUGCAGGGAGUGGGGUCGUCGUGCUCCUCCGUCUCCGGGAUGGGCAUGCUGGCUGAACGGUACCCUGAUGACAAGGAACGCGGCAACGCUAUGGGCAUAGCUCUGGGAGGUCUGGCUCUGGGAGUGCUCAUCGGUCCUCCCUUCGGAGGGCUCAUGUACGAGUUCGUGGGAAAGACAGCACCGUUCCUCAUGCUGUCGGCUUUGGCUUUGGGAGAUGGAUUGCUGCAGCUGAUGAUUCUUCAACCAGGAGUAGUCCGCCAGGAAAGUGAACCACCCUCACUGAAGGACCUGGUCACCGACCCCUACAUCAUCGUCGCCGCUGGAGCCAUAACAUUCGCGAACGUGGGCAUAGCGAUGCUGGAGCCGAGCCUGCCGAUUUGGAUGGCCGACACCAUGGAGGCACGCCGUUGGCAGCAAGGAGUCGCCUUCCUGCCUGCCAGCAUCUGUUACCUCAUUGGCACGAACCUGUUUGGCCCGCUGGGACACAAGAUGGGGCGUUGGCUUGCUGCCUGCUCCGGUCUCGUCAUCAUAGGCAUCUGCCUCAUCCUGAUCCCAAUGGCGCGCAAACUCGAGCAUCUAAUCAUCCCCAACGCUGGUUUGGGCUUCGCGAUUGGCAUGGUGGACUCGUCCAUGAUGCCUGAGCUUGGCUUCCUGGUGGACAUCCGCCACGCCGCGGUCUAUGGCUCCGUCUACGCUAUUGGGGACACCGCCUUCUGUCUUGGCUAUGCUGUUGGUCCCGCUUUCUCCGGCGCCCUGGUGAACAGCAUCGGCUUCGAGUGGAUGCUUGUCAUUAUCGCCGUCCUCAACUUUGCGUAUGCCCCUUUCCUUCUACUGCUGCGAUCGCCACCAGCUAGGGAUGAGAAGCAGAGUCUAAUAAUAAGUGACAAGUCAUCCGUGCGUUACGUAAGCUACCAGAACGAAGAGGAGGAAUAAUUCCCGCCAAAACAACGACCACCCGCCAUCUUGACGAUCCGCCAUUUUGUUUUGUUUUUAUCUUAAACUUUUGACUCGGGAGUGGUGAUAUUAUGCCAAAUAUUUUAAAUAGGGUUUGCAUCACAAUAAUAUUUAUAACUUUCGAUGAUUAUAUAACGCUGUAUUUUUGCCAAAUAUGUAUCUAAGUAGUUUAAAUAUAAUACAUAUAUGGCGUAAUGAUUUUUGGUUAUCUACAAGAAGCUACUUGACAACCUAGUCAAAUGAGAUACUAUUUACGAAACGUCAAAACGAAAGUUUUCUUUUGAGUUUGUAUGGAAAUACUGUCCUGUGACGUCAUCAGUAAAAACAGUCAAACUUUGAACUCAUUUCUUGUUAAUUCAUAAAUAAAAUUCGGAAAUAAGUUGCAAAAUAAAAUGUGAUUGAUUUUUGAUCA